AUGCCUUCUUCUACAGGGACCACCGUGAUGAGGAUGACGGCGUUUGAUGCUGACGACCCUGCUACAGAUAAUGCUGCUUUACGCUACAACAUCAUCAGACAGUCGCCCGACAAACCCUCUCCAAACAUGUUCUACAUCGACCCAGAGAGCGGAGACAUCGUGACCGUCAUCUCUGCCAAGCUGCUCGACAGAGAGAUACUGGUGUCCAACAAGUCGUCCCACAGAAACCCACCAUCCGGAACCGAGCAUGGCCUCUGCACGGCCGGAUGA